GGGGCACUGGGGGCCCGAGUGAUCUGUGACAAUAUCCCUGGUCUGGUGAGCCGGCAGCGGCAGCUGUGCCAGCGUUACCCAGACAUCAUGCGCUCGGUGGGCGAGGGUGCCCGAGAAUGGAUCCGAGAGUGUCAGCACCAGUUCCGCCACCACCGCUGGAACUGCACCACGCUGGACCGGGACCACACUGUCUUUGGCCGUGUCAUGCUCAGAAGUAGCCGGGAGGCAGCAUUUGUAUAUGCCAUCUCGUCUGCAGGGGUGGUCCAUGCUAUCACUCGUGCCUGCAGCCAGGGAGAACUGAGUGUGUGCAGCUGUGACCCCUACACCCGUGGCCGACACCAUGACCAACGUGGGGAUUUUGACUGGGGUGGCUGCAGUGACAACAUCCAUUAUGGUGUUCGCUUUGCCAAGGCCUUUGUGGAUGCCAAGGAAAAGAGGCUUAAGGAUGCCCGGGCCCUCAUGAACUUACAUAACAACCGCUGUGGUCGCACGGCUGUGAGGCGGUUUCUGAAGCUCGAGUGUAAGUGCCAUGGCGUUAGUGGCUCCUGUACUCUGCGCACCUGCUGGCGUGCACUCUCAGACUUCCGCCGCACAGGUGAUUACCUGCGGCGGCGCUACGAUGGGGCUGUGCAGGUGACAGCAACCCAGGAUGGUGCCAACUUCACAGCAGCCCGCCAAGGUUAUCGCCGUGCCACCCGGACUGACCUUGUCUACUUUGACAACUCCCCAGACUACUGUGUCUUAGACAAGGCUGCAGGUUCCCUAGGCACUGCGGGCCGUGUCUGUAGCAAGACAUCCAAAGGGACGGAUGGUUGCGAAAUCAUGUGCUGUGGCCGAGGGUACGACACAACUCGAGUCACCCGUGUCACCCAGUGUGAGUGCAAAUUCCACUGGUGCUGUGCAGUGCGGUGCAAGGAGUGCAGAAACACUGUGGACGUCCACACUUGCAAGGCCCCCAAGAAGGCAGAGUGGCUGGACCAGACCUGA